AUGCAUAUGGUGAUGCUGGUGAGAUAUCUUUUCUCUCUUCCUCAGGUUACAAGUGCCCACGCCUCAAAGUCGGACAUUGUCAAGUCGGGAAGCCCCAAAUCCACACUAAAGCAUAUAUGGACAGAAAGCAGUAAGGAUAUGUCCAUCAGUAGGCUGCUGUCACAGACUCUACAUGGCAAAGAGAACAGCACAGCCUUGGACCUUCGCUAUGACACUCCAGAGCCCUACUCUGAGCAGGACCUGUGGGACUGGCUGAGGAACUCCACAGACUUGCAGGACUCGCGGCCGCGGGCUAAACGGCGGCCAAUGGUCAAGACGGGAAAGUUCAAGAAGAUGUUUGGCUGGGGGGACUUCCACUCUAACAUUAAGACGGUCAAACUCAACCUGCUGAUUACCGGUAAGAUUGUGGAUCACGGCAAUGGCACCUUUAGUGUCUACUUCCGCCACAACUCCACAGGCCAGGGCAAUGUGUCUGUCAGCUUGGUCCCUCCAACCAAGAUAGUGGAGUUCGAUGUGGCGGCACAGCAGUCCGUCAUCGACGCCAAGGACUCAAAGUCCUUCAACUGCCGCAUAGAGUAUGAGAAGGUGGAAAAGGGGGCCAAGAACACGCUCUGCAACUUCGACCCAUCCAAGACCUGCUACCAGGAGCAGACCCAGAGCCACGUCUCCUGGCUCUGCUCCAAACCUUUCAAAGUCAUCUGCAUCUUCAUUUCCUUCUACAGCACCGACUACAAACUGGUGCAGAAAGUGUGCCCGGACUACAACUACCACAGUGACACUCCCUACUUUCCCUCUGGCUGACGCUCCCAUACGCUCACAUACAGAGAAGUAGACGAGUGGAGCACAGACUGGGGCUUCUACCCAUGCCAGAGAAGUGUGUAUGUUAGCCGUACUGUCCCUAAACAUGUCCAUACCAGAGUCUCAGCCAUCCCAACUUAUUUCCCAAUUUAAUGUUCUGAAUUUUGCAGAGCAGUUAUUUUAACUUUUAAAAAGGUGGUAAAUAGGACUGUAAUAUGCUUAAAAAUUACCUGAAAAACUAUGAUUGUUAUCAGUUAGAAUUAUGUUCCUGAAUUAUGUUUUGUCCCUGUGUAGAUAGCAGGGGCUUAUUAGUCCUUUUGGGAUUGUUGUUGCUAUUAAACUCUGCCCUUUGUUGUUUUGCUUCAUGUUUAGUUUCAACUUCUUUUCAAACUAGAUCUUAAUAACUUGGUUUUUCCUCUUUUAGUAUAUUUCAUAUACGAUGCAUUAACUCUCUGGACAACAACAUUAUGGACUGUUUGCCCCUGCUGUGCUAUCUACGCUCUGCAGUUUAUCCUGCAUAACUGGAAAACAAAAUUAACUCCUCAUUUAAAAAUAAUAAAAAAAAAAAAAGAAAAUCCUUUUUACAAACGUGCAAGACAGUUGAAGAGGACAGUGAAGAUUCAAAUGUGAGUUAUGAGUGAGUGAGUUAAUGCUUUUUAGAAAUGUGAGGCACUCCCUGUCUAUGCAGGGGUGAGCUGCAACUGAGCAGGCUUCUCCCUCAGGUGAGUUUCAGCCAGGAGAGAGAAUGUGUUAAGAUGCUGUAACGCUGUAGUCUGAGCGUUCCUGCUCGUGCAGCUAGGUGUUGAGUUUGUUGGGUGAUUGGUUCAUUCUCGGCUGAUUGAAUGUCUGAUUACAUGACUGAUUGAUCAGUGGCUCGUUCGUGGGGGAUGGGGCUUGCUCAUUGUCACUUAAUAUAUCAAAUGUAAUGUAUUGAAUUCUAUAUCUUAGAGCCUAAUUUGUAUGAAUGGUUUGUAUUGUACAUAGUUUAUCCCAAUUGCGCUGCUUCUGUACAUGCCCCCCAUGAGCUGUGUAUUUACCCCUCACCCGCUAAACCCUCUUGUUCACUCCAUUUAUGCUUGUUCUUGAUUCCUCUAACAAAGAAAAUGAUGUUGCUGCCCUAGAUGUGAAUUUCAUGAAAACAGCAAUCCUGUAGAGGACUGACUAAAUAUAUUAAAAGUAUUAAUUGAAAGUUUCUUUAUUGGGGGGGAAGGUAGGGGUUGGAGAUGUACAUAUUAA